UGCGCGGAAGCAGAAGUGGGUUUUUGGCACACGUGUGACGUCACGCCGAUCGAUCCGCUUUGGCGUUCUUCCCCGCGCACUCUCUCCCCCGCGCGCUCUCUCCCCCGAGCGCUCUCCCCUCUCACCUGCUGCCUCGAGCGCAGGACGCAGUCCAGAGUCAGUAGAGAGAGGAGCUGCCCGGAGCACGCGAGGCCCCGUGAGGACAUCUUCCUCUUCUUCUGCAGAACCUCCGCGCUCUGCUGUCCGCGCGCCCCCUCCUCCUCUGAGCGCGCGGCCGGUUCUGAGGAGCAGGUUCUAAAUCCUGAGGAUGAGGAGGGGAUGGAGCCGUUAACCUCCCGCCGUUAACCUCCCGCCGUGAACCACCUGCUUGCUCGAAGCUGCUUAUCGUGAGUCCGCCAAAAUUAAGACGGGGAUCAAAUACGACCCCCUGUCUCCCGGUUACCGGAGAGACCCCCGCGCGCACGUCAUGUCUCGCGCCAAGGAGCGGCUGAAAGGCGGGAAGGAGACGAAGGAUAGCGUCACCCUUCUGCCCUGCUUUUAUUUUGUGGAGCUUCCUAUCCUGGCAUCGUCAGUGGUCAGCUUGUACUUCCUGGAGCUGACCGACUUUUUCCAGCCGGUGCAUUCUGGGUACAGCUGCAGUGACCGCAGUCUGUCUCUGCCCUACAUCCUGCCCAGACAGGAAGUCUGCCCCCUCCUGCUCCUCUUCAGCCUGGCCUUCGCGGCUCCUGCUGCCACGAUCCUGCUGGGGGAGGCGGUGUUGUUCUGCUACCUGUCCCGCCGCUCCGGUCACAGCGAGGCUCACAUCAAUGCCGCCGGCUGCAACUUCAACCCCUACAUCCGCCGGGCCGUGCGCUUCAUAGGUGUGCAUGUGUUCGGGCUGUGUGUGACGGCGCUGAUCACAGACGUGCUGCAGCUGUCCACCGGGCAGCACGCCCCCUACUGGCUGGCCGUCUGCAGGCCCAACCUCACCCACAUCAACCUCUCCAGCUGUGAGGACGCCUUCAUCCUGGAGGACAUCUGCUCAGGCCCCGACCCCACCCUCAUCAGCACCGGGAGGAAGUCAUUUCCUUCCCAGCAUGCAACUCUGGCUGCUUUCGCUGCUGUUUACAUCUCUAUGUAUUUCAAUGCGGUGCUGACCGACUCUGCCAAGCUGCUGAAGCCAGUCCUGGUGUUCAGCUUCGUGCUGCUGGCGGUUUUGGCCGGUCUGACGCGCCUCAUCCAGUUCAGGAACCACCCGGGAGAUGUGUACGCAGGCUGGCUGCUAGGGGGCGCCAUCGCCGUCUACCUGGGGGUGUAUGCGGUGGGUAACUUCCAGCCCAGUGAGGAUCACUCCAGGACCCGCCCCCCUCCCCCCCUGCUGAGGGAGCCCCCCCUCUCCUCUCUCCCCAACGUCAGCCAAUCAGCAGCCAGCAACACUCACCAAGGCCACCACAACCUGGCUCCCAGCCAACCAGAGCCCAUCCUCACACGGUCCUCAUCCCACACGCUGUCCCCCAACCAAUCAGAGCCGAUCCUGACCAGAAGCUCCUCCUACCGCGAGCCGUCCAGCUACAAGCGGUCCAGCGCUGAGGUCCAGGUCAUCACCGGGCCGCUCGGUAACCAUGACAACGCCCUGGCCUUCAGCAGUACCCUGCCCAGGUCCCACGGAGGCUCUUCAUUGGAGGGUGUGGAGGGGCGUGUCCCGCGGCGCCACGCCUCCAGCCACUCCUCCAUGGACUCCACCAGAUCAAAGCAGCUCCUCAGCCAAUGGAAGAACAGGAACGACAACCGGAAGCUGUCACUACAGGUGAUGGACGGGGUAAGGCCCGCCUCCGGCCCCGCGUCCUCCCCUCAGAGGAACAGCAUGGAGCUACGCUGCUCCUCCGAGCCCUCCGCCAUGGGCCUGGAGGCAGAGCUCCGUGCAGGGACCCACCUGCCUUCAGCCGCUGGAAUGGAGAUGGAGCUCCGAGCUGGGGCUCACAUACCGGCCCAGUAUAUGAAGCUAGCAGCUAGCUCGGUUCCUCUGGUGAACCAGCAACACAUGGUCCAGAACCAGCCCCACCUGGUACAGAACCAGCACCUCCUAGUCCAGAACCAGCUGCACCUGGUACACAACCAGCCCCACCUGGUUCACAACCAAACCCUUAUGUCCCAGAACCAGGCCCACCUAGUCCAGAACCAGCACCACCUGGUGCAGAACCAGCACCACCUAGUCCAGAACCAGCCCCACAACGGGACCAGCGGGCUGACGGGAGGGGCCCGGGUCUCCAUCCAAUCUCGGCCAGGAUCCUCCCAACUGGUCCACAUCCCUGAGGAGGACAACCCCGCCCCCAAGGACCAGGAGAGCGAAUCAGAGGACAGCAUGAUGGACGGGGGCGGGUCUGUGAGGGAGAAGUGGAUGCGAGUCGCUGAGAAGACGACGCUGCCCUGCAGACCGCUGAGCGCCGGCGGGCAGCCCCGCAUCCUGCAGGUGAUAGCCAUGUCCAAGCAGCAGGGUUUGCUCCACUCGCCGCGGUCUGAGGACGGUGGCUCCAUCCGGUACCGCGCCCUGACGGACCUUGACCCCUCACCCCCUGCCUCCACCACCGGCCCCGGGGGAGGAGGAGGUCUGGAGAGAAGUGGCAGCAUCGUCCGGGUGGACGCCCACCCUGAGGCCCGCUCCUCCAAGCCGGUGGUGAAGCCCCCCAGCACCGACGGUAGCGGCUCCUGGCGGUGGCGGCCCCCAGACCAGCGGGCGUCGCUGCGCCAGUCAGCCUUCGCCCUGAACGAGCUUGGCGACCUCAGCGACCUCCAGGACCUCAGCCACCACGCCGACGGCGGCGACUCGCUGAAGGACAGCAGCUCUCUGGACGGCCGCCGCAGCGCCAUGGGCACGGAGAGCGACGGGGGCGGGGGGGAGGGGGGGGACGGGGAGGGGGUCUACGCCAACCACCCCCAUGUGGUCCACCCGCUGCACCCCCUCCACCCUAGUAACCCCGGCAACAGCAGCCACCAGAGCAGCUUCAACCUCCCCCCUGCACCCGGCGCCCACCCUCACUUCAACCCCAACAGUACCGUCACCUUCGCCCCUCCCUUCCAUCCCCACCCGCAGGCCCUCACCACCAUCAGGGUCACGCCGGUGGACGGGGGCGGGGGCGGGGCCGGGAGCGACGCGGGCUCCGACUGCCCAUCGGGGGCGUCAUCCAGCCGGGAGUCCACCCUGCGGAGGACGGGGGGCGGGGCGCAGGACCGGGGGCCCAGCCCCGACCCCCACGGCCCCCCCCGCCUCUACGACGCCGACGGGGGCAACCGCUUCCAUGACAACCCCAAUGACCAUUUCCAAGACAACCCUAACAACCGUUACCAUGACAAUCCCGCCAGUUAUUUCCACGACAACCCAAACAGUCAUUUCCAAGAGAACCCUAACAACCGUUUCCGUGACAACCCUAACAACCGUUUCCAUGACAACCCUAACAACCAUUUCCAUGACAACCCCAAUAACCCCAACAACCGUUUCCAUGACAAUCCUAACAACCGUUACCAAGAGAACCCCGACGGUCGUUUCCAUGACAACCCCAACAAUCAUUUCCAUGACAACCCAAACGUCCGUUUUCAAGAGAACCCAAACGGCCGUUUCCCGGACAACCCAAAUCACCCCAGACCUCCUCAAGGCUUCUUCAACAGGCCGGGCCCCACCCCCCCGCCCACCCUGCCCCGCCCCGUGCUGGGCCACACACCCCCCCCCACGUUGGGCCUGGCCUAUAAAGAGUAACAACAACAGGAUCAUCAGCAUUUGACCCAGAGGACCCACAGUGAAGAGGGGCCAAUAAGACUGCUUAGCUCCUCCAACUAGCUCCCGACUGGCCAAUAGGAAUCCAGAGGUGAAUCUCUGGAUAUGGAAUGUUGAGCUAAUGGAACCAGUGUCCCGAUUGGCUGGCGCCAUGGUGAUCAGACACUGGACUAGCCUGCUGUAUCCGCAUCAACAGACUUACUGAUAUACAAACUUUCUGCACAUUAUGUGCACCUUGCUUCACUUCACCCCUAAGCCUUUGAUUCGCUAGGAGUACAGAGCCACGCCUUCAAAUCCUCAGCUGUCCAAUGGGGAGGCACUUGGCUGGCGGCCACAUUGCUACCAUGGGCAACAUUUGGUACACAUCUCUUCUGCUGAAGCACAGAUGUCCUGAGGAGAUAUCGACUGUCACUGGUGCUGUGUGACCAUCGUUAGGGCUAUUCACUAUUAACGAAGAAGAAGGCAAUAAAGUCAUCGGCAUGGAUACAAACUAAACAAGUGUUUACCGCCCCAGAACCCCUCUCUGAUUGGUUAAUAUGACCUUUACAUUUGUCUGAUUGGUUUAAGACCUUUAUAUUCAUAGCUAUUUACAUCUUUUUGUUCUCGUAUUUUUAUGAUUACAUUAUUAUUAUUAUUGAGUGUGUUCAUUUCAAAAGUAACUAAGUGAAGUAACUAAACCUUGGAUUACUAUUAAGUUCCUCUCACGUGGUGUAGGGUCUAGCGACGAGGAGGAAGGCUGCUCGCUCUUCUCUCCAUCAGGGCGUCUUGUGGUCGCGGUUCCGCUCUCCUCAACACUCCCAGACCGUAGGAACACUCUUUAGGAGAGGUUUUGAAACAUCCUUUUAGAUAUGAUUCUUUGUAUUAAAACAAGAUGUAAAGUUGGAUUAAGGCUGAAUGGGAUAUUUGCAUCACGUUCUUGGUCCUAUUUCUAGUUCUUAUGUCCGACAUGGCAGCUGGCCUCUGACAGGCUGCAGACCGCGGUCUGAACACAAUUAUGAAGUACAAUUAUUCUAUCAACAUGAGGAGAGGUCCUGUUAGAUAGUUGGAGACUAUAUUAAGCUAUCCUGGCCGACCGUGGAUGUAUUUUCAUUUGCAGCAGAUCUGGGUUUAUUUAUGCAUGUGACGACCAUGCCCAGGUGAACUCUCUCCCCCCGCGUCAUAACGCUACGUAUCUCUAGCCAUACCGCUGCCGUGUGCGUCAUAGCUAACCGUGUCAGUACGUUCUACUGUGAUAUGCUAAUAGGUUUGCCACAGUUGCUAGCAUCACUUGUACAACAGAAGCUUGUUCUGUCCUGCUAGCUAGUAAAGUGCUAUGCUUCCUAGGACCGUCGUUCAUCAUAUGCUGAUCACACUUUAUACUAAAAACUAUCUAUAGAUAUGUAUUACAAAUGUUUUGAAUAUUGGUAACAAUCAAUGUUAUUUUUGUGUUGACUCUGUAUUACUGAUAUUAUAGAUAUUUUUGAUGACCAUCAAGUAAAUGAUCUUUUUCUAACUUUAUGCCAAUACCAUGACAACUUUAACCGUGGUUGCUAGGCCUCCCCUGUGGUUGCUAGGCUAUGCCUGUGGUUGCUAGGCCUCCCCCGUGGUUGCUAGGCUAUGCCUGUGGUUGCUAGGCCUUCCCUGUGGUGGCUAGGCCUUCCCCGUGGUUGCUAGGCCUUCCCCGUGGUUGCUAGGCUAUGGUCGCUAGGUUUAUGAAGGUGUCGAGCAGGAGGCGGUCAAAUUCCUCCAAUUGUCAUGACGAUAAUCUGAUCCAAUUUGUUUAACGUAAGAAUUCAAUUAUAUUUUAACAUAAAUUAUAUAAUAAUUUAUAACAUUUAAAUAACAUAGUAUAAUAAUAUCAUAACAUAUAAGUUAUAUUAUAUAUGUAGGCUGGCAUAAAUUCCCUACUGUAGGAUGCUGAGCUGUUGUCAUGGUAACCCAAUAGAUGGCCAUUAAAUGGUUGUGAAUAUCCAAUAUGAAGUGAUAAUGUGGUGAUGUUUCCCUUGAUGGACUGGGCUAACUUUUUAAAACAUGAUAGCACAACUAACGGUUGCCUGUAUUGCAAGGUUUUCUAGAACUGUAAAAAGACAUUUGUAUUCAGAGCGGUCUAUGUAUACCAUAAAUGUGAACGCCACUGU